GCCUGUGGGUAGGGGCUGUCCUGCGAAGUGCAGCCGGCCACCGAUGGAUAUCUCUCAAUAGUGCGCUCCCCCGCGGCAAUUACUGCUGCUGUUCCUCUUUAAUCUAUCGGUUGCCUCACAAUGAGGCGAUUGAGCGGCUGAGGGCUCUCAGUGCAUGGAAGGUUCUGCGGUGAGGUGAGGAGCAGAGGCACCGGGUUAUUUCACCUCUCAAGCUCCGGUGACACGGUGAAUAAUGACGGGCGCUCAGGACGACAGCGCGGUUAGGGUAGCCCUCCGAAUUCGGCCACAACUAGCAAAAGAAAAAAUUGAAGGCUGCCAUAUUUGCACAUCUGUUACCCCCGGGGAGCCUCAAGUAGUCCUAGGAAAAGACAAGGCUUUUACUUUUGACUAUGUCUUCGAUAUUGAUUCAAGGCAGGAGGAAAUCUAUAUGCAGUGCACUGAAAAGCUUAUUGAAGGCUGUUUUGAAGGAUACAAUGCCACUGUUUUUGCUUAUGGCCAAACAGGUGCAGGCAAAACCUACACAAUGGGAACAGGAUUUGAUGUUAACAUAUCUGAGGAAGAGCAUGGUAUAAUUCCCCGUGCUGUUACACAUCUUUUUCGGCGCAUCGAGGAAAAGAAACAGUUUGCAUUGGAACAAGGCCUCCCACCCCCUGAUUUUAAAGUUAAUGCUCAGUUCCUGGAGCUUUACAAUGAAGAAGUUCUUGAUUUGUUUGAUACUACAAGGGAUAUUGAUGCACGAAAUAAAAAAUCCAACAUCAGAAUACAUGAAGAUUCAUCUGGGGGAAUUUAUACAGUUGGAGUCACAACACGAAAUGUCAGCUCAGAAACAGAGAUGAUACAGUGCUUGAAGAUUGGUGCCUUAUCUAGAACUACAGCAAGUACACAGAUGAAUGUUCAGAGUUCCCGUUCGCAUGCAAUUUUCACCAUUCAUUUAUGUCAAAAUCGAGUUUGCCCUAAAAUAGACAAUGAGAAUGAUUUGGAUAACAGGAUGGCCUCAGAAUCUAAUCAAAUAAAUGAAUUUGAAACACUAACUGCAAAAUUCCAUUUUGUUGAUUUGGCUGGCUCUGAACGUUUAAAGCGCACAGGUGCUACAGGAGAGAGGGCCAAGGAAGGCAUUUCAAUUAACUGUGGGCUGCUGGCCCUGGGAAAUGUUAUAAGUGCUUUAGGAGACAAGAGUAAAAAGGCCACUCACGUGCCUUAUAGAGAUUCCAAGUUAACACGGCUGCUGCAGGACUCACUUGGUGGAAACAGCCAAACUGUUAUGAUAGCUUGUGUAAGUCCUUCAGACAGAGAUUUCAUGGAAACCUUAAACACACUUAAAUAUGCAAAUCGGGCACGUAAUAUAAAAAAUAAAGUGAUGGUUAAUCAAGACCGAACAAGUCAACAGAUAAAUGCACUGCGCAAUGAGAUUGCACGGCUUCAGAUGGAGCUCAUGGAGUACAAAACGGGUAAAAGGAUUAUUGACGAGGAGGGAGUUGAGAGCAUUAACGACAUGUUUCACGAGAAUGCAAUGCUACAGACAGAAAACAACAAUCUGCGUGUGAGAAUUAAAGCAAUGCAAGAAACUAUUGAUGCUCUGAGAUCCAGGAUAACACAGCUCAUGAGUGAUCAAGCCAAUCAGGUCCUUUCUAGAUCAGGGGAUGGAAAUGAAGAGAUAAGCAACAUGAUUCACAAUUAUAUUAAAGAGAUUGAAGAUCUCAGAGCAAAACUGUUAGAAAGUGAAGCAGUAAAUGAAAAUCUGCGAAAGAGCUUAUCCAGAGCUUCUUCAAGGUCAUCAUACUUUCCUGCCCAUACUCCUUUCCCCACAUCUUUAAUUGCUGCAGAACAAGAGACCAAUGAAAUAAUAGAUAUGGCCAAAAAAGAUCUUGAAAAACUGAAAAAAAUUGAGAAAAAGAAGAAGAAAAGCAUUGUCAAAGAAGAGAAUCCUGAUAAUGAGAAGUUAGAAGAAAAGGACAAUACAGAAAAGGAAUGCCAUGAUUUGGUAAUAGAGGAAAGGAGUGACCAUGAGGAAGAUGAAGAGGAAGAAGAGGAGGAAGAGGAUGAAGAUGUAGAUGCUGCUGAAAGUUCAGAUGAUUCAGAUUCUGAACUGGAGGAAAAAGAGAAUUACCAGGCUGAUCUGGCAAAUAUUACUUGUGAAAUUGCUAUAAAGCAGAAGCUAAUUGAUGAAUUAGAAAACAGCCAGCGGAGACUGCAUACACUAAAACAGCAGUAUGAAGAAAAACUGAUGACUCUGCAAAAUAAAAUAAAGGACACUCAACUAGAAAGAGAUCGUGUUCUUCAAAACAUGGGAUCAAUGGAAACAUGCACAGAGGAAAAAGCAAAAAAAAUUAAAGUGGAGUAUGAAAAGAAACUGCAGACAAUGAAUAAGGAACUUCAGAAACUUCAGGCUGCCCAAAAGGAACAUGCUCGUUUGCUGAAAAACCAGUCACAGUAUGAAAAACAAAUGAAGAAACUGCAGCAGGAGGUUGUAGAAAUGAAGAAAACAAAGGUUCGUCUAAUGAAACAGAUGAAAGAAGAGCAAGAAAAAGCAAGAGUAACUGAAACCCGCAGAAACAGAGAAAUUGCACAGCUGAAAAAAGACCAGCGUAAACGAGAUAGUCAGUUACGACUUUUAGAAGCCCAGAAAAAACAACAAGAAGUUGUGCUGCGUCGUAAAACUGAAGAGGUUACAGCACUUCGUCGCCAAGUAAGACCCAUGUCUGAUAGGGUUGCAGGAAGGGUAGGCCGUAAAAUAAGUUUGCCUGAGCCUAUUGCCGAACAUAUUUCAAAUAUGCCUGAGGAACUGGAUUCAACCAAACAUGGGUUACAGCAGAAACCAAGAAUUCCUGUUGCCAGAGUCCAGCCUGCCACGUCAACUGCCUUAAAUGGGACAAGGAAGAAAUAUCAGAGAAAAGGAGUAAGUAGUUACACUUCAAAGGCAGCCAGACAGAAAUGGCAAUCACUGGAGCGCAGAAUAACAGACAUUGUGAUGCAGAGAAUGACUAUUUCCAAUAUGGAAGUUGAUAUGAACAGACUACUAAAGCAACGGGAGGAACUCACAAAAAGGAAGGAAAAGGUGUCAAAAAAAAGAGAUCGCAUUUUAAAGGAAUCUGGAGAUGCAGACAAAAAUAUUCAUAGCCUCAGUGAAGAAAUGGAGUCCCUUAAUGCAAAUAUUGACUACCUUAAUGAUAGCAUAUCUGACUGCCAAGCUAGCAUUAUGCAAAUGGAGGAGGCAAAGGAAGAAGGUGAUACACUGGAUGUAACAGCAGUGAUUAGUUCCUGCACUUUAACUGAAGCACGUUAUCUUCUUGAUCAUUUUCUGAACAUGGCUGUUAGUAAGAGUCUUCAAGCAGCACAAAGAGAGGCUCAAAUUAAAGUUCUUGAAGGACGUCUUAAACAAACAGAAAUAACAAGUGCAACCCAAAAUCAGCUCUUGUUUCAUAUGUUAAAAGAAAAAGCAGAACUAAAUCCAGAACUUGAUGCGCUUCUUGGUCAUGCCUUACAAGAUCUAGAUAGCAUACCGCUAGAAAAUGCAGAAAACAGCAGUGAUGAUGAUGGAUCAUUACAGAGUCCCAGUACAGAAGGCGGUUCCUUGACCUCUGAUCUCAUGAAACUGUGUGGUGAAGUCAAGCCAAAAAGCAAGGCACGGAGAAGAACCACAACCCAGCUUGAGUUACUCUAUGCAGACAGCAGCGAGUCUACUCCAGAUGCUGGCACUGGAGAGACAUGUAUACCAACUUCCCUCCCCCCUGUUUCAGAAAUGCAAGUGUCUGGGCUGAAUAUAGAAUCAAGUGUCAAUACUGUUAAGGAGAAAGAGAUGCUGCAUUCUGGCAUACCUUCUAGAACAGGCAGCAUAUCAAAACCGGUAACUUUGACUGACAAAAGAAUUCCAGAACAAUCACCAGCAACAAGAAGGAGAGUAUAUGACAAAGGUGGUGAUAAAUCAAUAAAAAACAAAGAACAAAAGUUCUCAGAUUCUGGAACCUCGGAGGCUAGUUUGUCUCCUCCUUCUUCCCCAACAAGCCGGCCCCGUAAUGAAAAGAAUGUUUUUAGCCGUCUCACAGUUUCUCAGGCAGACACAGCAUUUCAGCAGGAUAAGUCUGAUGAAAGUGAUUCCUCUAUGUCCGAGGUACACAGGUACAGAAUUCUUCUUUGUAGAACUUGUUCCCAUCGCAAGGGCGUUAUUAACCCAUUUCCUGCAGCUAAAAGCAGUAAGACAUCACUUCUACAAUGCAUUCAUAUAGCUGAAGGGCACAACAAGGCUGUGCUGUGUGUGGACGCUACUGAUGAUCUAUUAUUCACUGGUUCCAAAGAUCGUACUUGUAAAGUAUGGAAUCUUGUUACUGGGCAAGAAAUUAUGUCCCUUGGAGGCCACCCCAAUAAUGUUGUGUCUGUAAAGUAUUGUAACUACACAAGCCUAGUGUUUACUGUUUCCACAUCUUACAUUAAGGUGUGGGACAUCAGAGACUCUGCUAAAUGUAUUCGAACACUUACGUCAUCUGGGCAAGUCAUGACUUGGGAUUCUUGUGCUGGAAGUCAAAGCAGGACCGUAACCAUUCCACCGGGUGAAAAUCAAAUCAAUCAAAUUGCACUAAACCCAACAGGCACUUUCUUAUAUGCAGCAGCUGGAAAUUCUGUGAGAAUGUGGGACCUUAAAAGGUUUCAAUCAACAGGGAAAUUAACUGGACAUCUUGGGCCCGUUAUGUGUCUUACUGUGGAUCAGAGUGCCAAUGGGCAAGACCUAAUUAUUUCAGGCUCAAAGGACCAUUACAUUAAGAUGUUUGACAUUACAGAAGGGGCUUUGGGUUCUGUCAGUCCCACAUAUUGUUUUGAACCGCCUCAUUAUGAUGGUAUUGAAGCUCUAAUCAUCAGUGGAGAUAACUUGUUUAGUGGAUCCCGAGACAAUGGAAUUAAGAAAUGGGAUUUAUCACGCAAAGACCUUCUACAGCAAGUACCAAACGCACACAAAGACUGGGUGUGUGCCCUCGGUUUAGUGCCUGGUUGCCCUGUCCUUUUGAGCGGCUGUCGUGGAGGCAUUCUGAAACUUUGGAAUGUGGACACAUUCUUUGCUAUUGGAGAAAUCAAAGGACAUGAUAGUCCCAUUAAUGCAAUUUGUACAAAUUCGAGUCACAUUUUCACAGCAUCAGAUGAUCAGACUGUACGAAUUUGGAAGGCUCAUGGUUCAUUGGAUGGACAGAUGUCGGAUACUGGCGAUACGAGUGAAGAUGUAGCCAGCAACUGAAGCUGAUUUUUUAAGUUUAGUUUUGAAAGCAGCUAAAAGAUCAGAGUAUAAGGAAGUGGAGCUGAUCUCUUUGGAGCAGAAAGUAUAAAAUAACCAGAACUGAACUCCUCAGAACAGGAAGAAGAUGUGCAAAACUUGCUUUAUUACGUUAUAUGCUUCUAACCUGGUUAUAGAGAAUAAUUCUUAUGAUGGUCUCUGCAUUUAUUGAGGUGUGGAUCUAAUAAACCGAUCCACAGACAAAAGUAUCUUUUGUCAGACACUUAUGAAAUCAUCCUCACAUAGCCGGUCGCUCCAGCUUUCAGACUGUUAGGCCAUAGUAGUUGCCUAUAACAUGUCCUGUGUCAUUACAAGACAAUUAGGCCAGUGCCACACAGGGUGGAUUCUUGGCCAAAAAUCAAUUUCUUCAACCAAAAGAAAAGCUUUUGGCUGUGCCUACAAUGGGAGCCAUGGCAUCCGCCUUGGUGCAGGCACAAAACUGUUCACAUAAGCAGUUUCAGGCUAAAUUCCACUCAGUCUGCCUGCACCCGGGCCGAUGCAAUGGCUGCGCGUACAGGCACAGCCAAAAGCUUUUCUGAGUGUAGGGGCUAAUUUCCGGCCUGCAUUUAUUCUCAGGCCAAGAAUCGGCACCUUGUUGCGCUGGACUUACUGAAGCUAUGACCUCAUUUUCAGUGAUGAUUGCUUUCCUUCACCAGUUGGAAGCCAAAAAUCCUGGAGACUUAAUGAUUUACAACAUAUAUUUGUAACUGUUUACAAUUUAAACUAAUUUGGGCAUUUUGGUUAAAGGAAGUAGCUGGAAAUAUUUAAGCAAUUAUAAGUAUCAAAGUAUUAUAAAACUCUACUAUUCAUAACAUACUUAUACAAAUACCUACGGAGUAGCCAAGUAAUGCACCCUAACGCUAAGGCAUAAUGGGGAAAAAAUGUAUUUGCAACCUUAGGGGCAGAUUUAUCAACAUGUGAGUUUAGAGCUUAAUAUAUAAAAACUCACCCAUGUUCUAUUCAUUUCUAUGGGAUUUUUAGAAGCAUAUUUAUCAAUUCAAUGGGUGAAAGUUAGAACUCACCAUUUUAUAAACACCUUUCGAAAACCACAUAGGAAUGAAUAAAACGUGGGUGACUUUUUAUGUAUUAAGCUUUAAACUCACAUUUUGAUAAAUCUGCCCCUUAAUGUGUAGUUCAUUCAAAUCCAUCACUCAGAUUAAACUGUUGCAGAAGUUAGCUUAAAGGAACAGUAACACCAAGAAAUGAAAAUGUAUAGUCAUGGGGGCAGCCAUUUAAACUAGAAAAAAGGAGAAAAGGCACAGUUUACAUAGUAGCUAACAAAUAAGUCAUGUAGAAUAAAAUUGUGUUUUAUCUGUUAUCUACUGUGCCUUUUCUCCAUUCCAGCUUGAAUGGCUGCUCCUAUGACUAUACAGUAGGGUAUUUAUAUAAACUAUAGUACAGUUUCUAAAGCAAGCAGACCAGUGUUAACAGUGUAGGGCAACAAUAUGUUAUAUUUUAAUUACUUUAAAACACUGCCAUAUUUUGGUGUUACUGUUCCUUUAAGAAAACAUUUGCCAUGGUACAUUCAUCAGACACUAGCUAUUGUGCAUAGCCAAUAAAAGGAUUUGCUAAGUAAAAAUGCUCUGAAAUUCUUGAGCUGUUGAAAAAUAUCUAAAGAAAGUUUUUAAAUAUAAAGGCCCAUUUAAGCCGUGUUUAAUAACCUGCCAAAAGGUUAACAACUCUGCUGCUUGCUUACCCUUUAGGACAGAAUCACCCCGUGAAGGGGAAAAUAUAAUCUCGGCGUCUCAACCUUCCUCUUUAGAAGCAGGAAGUUUGCUAUUUAACCAUAGCUCAACUGUAUUAUGUGAAGCAAUGUUGUAUUUAAGCAAGUAUAGCAUACUGUUUACUUGAAGUUCUUUUCUUCUUUCCAACAUCACACCUGAAAUUGAGUUCAAACUGUGUGCCUGUGGCUUUGAAAAUCAGCAACUGCCUAAUGCUGUGGUGUUGGACCAAAGCUCUACUUUCUAGCAUUAAGAGCAAGAUGUGAUGUGUAUUAUGUCUUCAUGUUUUCCGUCGGACUGCUACACCCUAACUGUUGGGAGGAUAUGCCUUGCUGUGUGCUUGUUACUGUCUAACUUAUUUGUUCCGAAAGUUUAUUUUCUUCACAGCUGCAUAAUCUUGCUUUUAUCUUAUUUAAUAUGCUGCUAAAUAUAUUUUAAAAACUGUUCCUUACUGAAGAGUUCCUAGUAGAACUUUACCUGUGGUAGAAAGCUAUGUAAAUUAUUUGGUUGUAAAAAGAUAAUUUGUUGCUUCUGAUUUUUAUCUUAAUAUACUGUAGUGUCUUAGAGAAAAGACUUAAUUGAUGAUUUUUUUAAAUCUUAUUUUUGUAAAUUUUUCACAUUUUAAUUCUGUCAAUGGUUGCAAAAUAGCUUGUUAAGUUCUGCAAAGCUAAUGCAUGAAUAAACACAUGCACAAAUACAAAGAGUUGAAACUGAAUGAAUAUAUGUAUCUGGGAAUUAGGAGAAUCUGUGAAACAAAAAGUGUGUGUUGGGAAAGAAAUAGCUUUUCCCUAAAAUAAUCCUACCAACUAACUAGCAUUGUUAAGGAGCACAGUACGGGGAGAGUCCUUCAUAUGUAACGCCUUUCCAGUAUAUUCUCACUCCUUUCCCUUUGUUUAUUGUUUCUCCUCCCAACCUACCUUUUUUCUCUCAGCCACCUAGCUCUCAUUCCUGCAUUUUAUCCUGACUUUUUCCCUUUGGGUCUCUCCUUAGUGGUCCUUUAUGGUUAUUUAGGCCAAUUCCUUUCUUGUCCUACUGGCAACCUGGAAGUUGUAGGGUGGAUUUCCAGGUCCAAAGGUUUUUCCAAUCCUGCCUAGCCUGACUGUUCCUGGACAUUUAGUCCUUUGUAUUACCCUUUGGUUCUACACCUAGAACCUGAGUAGAUUUCCAGGUUUAUUUUUUAUGGGAUUGGCUUUGCCUGACACAAAGCUGGACCAAGUAGUAUUUGAGCACAUGCAUGUAACAGAUGCAGAAGAAGUACAGUAUAUGGUUAGGGUCCUGGAGCCCCUCAACCAUUGCACCCUAGCUAUUUGCCUUUUCUGACUACCCAUACUUUCUGCCCUGGCCUGACAGAAUACCAGUGGAAGGCUUGGUAUGCCCAGGCCCAAAUGGGUCUUAAAUAAUCCUUUUUACUGUAAUCUUAUAUCAAACCCAUAACACUUAGCACUGUCUGAAUCUUAUAAACGGGUUGUUAUGAUGGGCUGCCAGACAACCCUUAUUGCUCCUGGGCAUGCAUAAUGGCUUUUUCCAUUUAGAUUUUACCCUAGAAAUAGCACGUUGGAAACUGAAGAGAGUAUUCUUCAUUCCAGUGCCUUUCCUAACUCAUCCAGCCGUUGCUAUUCCUGACUAUUCAGUCUCUAAUUUAUUCCUUAGAUUUGCCCCAAGUGGGAGCUCACUGCAAAGUGGUUAGUGGUAUGUGGAUGAACAGGUAAGGGAUGAUAAAAAUGCUUCAUGACUGUAUUUGAAAGGAUAGAGAAGUUGUUUGAUACGUUUAAAUAUUUAUGAGUUAGGUUUUGGUUGGGGGAAUGAAUUGCAAACAACUGGUUUUCUCAGCCUAAUUCAAAUUAGUGCUGAAGUAUAGGACCCCUUGUCCGGAAACCCAUUAUCCAGAAAGUUUCAAAUUAUGGGAAGGCCAUAGACUUAAUUUUAAUCAAAUAAUUUAAAUUUUUUAAAAUUAUUUCCUUUUUCUCUGUAAUAAUAAAACAGUACCUUGUACGUGAUCCCAAAUAAGAUAUGAUAUAGCUUUAUAGGAGGAAAAACAAUCCUAUUGGGUUUAAUUUACUGUUUAAAUAAUUUUUUUGUAGACUUAAGGUAGGAGAUCCAAAUUAAGGAAAGACCCCUUAUCUGGAAAACCCCAGGUCCCGAGCAUUCUGGAUAACUGGUCCCAUACCUGUACCCAUUCAAUGAAAAACAGUGUUGUAUAGAAGCAAUUAUUUCAGUCUAGUACAUGUACCUGUACAAAUGGAGAAUAAAUGCUGUGGCCAUUUCAUCCAUCUCUCUCCUUGGGGACCUUUAGUCAGAACUUCAAAAAAGAGCAUCAUUUCAUUCUUAACUGCCCAAAAUGUCACUGAAAUUACUUUACCGGAACAGAGCUGGCAAAAUUCCAUUGUACCUUUUGGGGGAUAUGGAGAAGUUCUUCUGGGCAGAAAGUGAGAAGAAAUCAACAAUAUUUUACUGAUCUUUAGUAAAUAUAACUGUUGCAGCAAUGCUAGUUAAACACUGGGAUUUCAGCAACAAAUUGCUACAAUAAAAACAAUUUCCAAUAUCAACAGAAACUGGCAAAUCAUGUAAAUCUGAAAGAUUGCAACAAAUCACUUAAUAAAAGUAAUCUGGCGAUUUAUAAAUAUGCAUGUUGGUGCUCCUUAUGUAACAAAGCAGUUAUUGCAAGGAGGUAUGAUCACAGGGCAAAAAAUCAAGACAUACACAAUGUUGCACAUCCCCAAGCUGGAACUCCCAUGAUUAGGUGAAUCUUUCUCUCCCCAAUAACAAAAUGGUCUUUAUGGUCAGUGUUUGUAUGUCUGUAAUAAAGUAAGGAGAAAAAAUAUUUUGCUUUGUUAUACCCAUGGAGUAUGUCCAUGAUUAGGUAACUCAGUAUCUGCCAUAGGAUAGUAGCAGUUUCCAUUCCACUUUUCCAGUGACAAUAAAUUUAAACCACUGGUUGAAAGUUGUAAUAUUUAGAAGGUCUUCUUUACAGAAUAAAACAGAGGGACUUACAGCAUGCUUAUUGGGUCCUUAUUGGAUGGGAAAAUCAAACCUGCUUGAUUGAUAUUUGGAAGAUUUUCUGCCAGAUAUCAGUUGGGAAGGCCUUUUGGUAGGCUCCAUACAUGCUGCCAUGUAAUGACCAAGUCUGCAGCUUUUAUCGACUGUGUAUGGCCACUUUAUACUGGAUGGGGCAGUACGUUAGCUCUGUGUGUAGCGCUUCUGCCAUGCCUUACUGGGCUCCAAUCUCAGCCCAGGGCAAUAUCUACAAGGAGUCUAUUCUCCCUGUGUCUGUUUGUACAGUGGUUUCCUCCCACACUCCAAAAACAUACAGGCAGAUUAAUUGGCUUCUGACUAAAUUGACCUUAGUGUGUGAAUGUGAUUGGUACCAGAGAUUGUAAGCCUCUCGGGUAGGGACUGAUGUGAAUGAUAUAUAAACCCCUAUUAUUUAUUUAUAUAGGUGCUACAUUAAUAAAUAACAGGAACAAAAUCUGAUACACACUGACCAAAGAGAAGUCCUACUCUUCUGCAGAUUAUAUAUUGUUAUCCAUAUUGUUUUAUAUUGUACUGUGUAGCUUUUAUUUUCAUACAGAAUACUAAUUCUUAGCGCCGAAAUUGUACCAAAAGCAUCUGAAGUCCAAGAAAGAGCAAGCAAUGGUGAUAUAUUGUACAUGGCUUUCUUUUUUUUUAUCAGGCCUCACUCAUAUGGGAAAUCUUUAGGAACUUUUGAAAAGGAAACCACCAAAACACAGCACAUCAUUACAUUAAACUAUGGCAGGGAUUCUUAAACAUUCUCUGCUCUAUGAGGAUGCUCUAAAGGAGUUUGCUGUAAUAAUAAUCUCUCUCUCUCUGUAGACUCCAAUAUAGAGGGCAAAUAAAAAAUGAAAGCCUACUUAUGAAUAAGGAAUGCUAUGCCUUUAAUGAAAUACAGAGUUCAGUUAUAACAUCAAUCCUUAGCAUUUACAUGUAUUUAAUUUAGAACUGUACAAAUGUCUGAAUAACCAGGUUUCCAUGGAUCCCAUUUUCUACUGUCUCAUCACAAACAACUCUAUAAAUAACAUCAGAUAAUCAUAGAUACAUACAUAUAUAACAUUUAUAUCUACAUAAAUAUAUAAUUUUUUUUUGUCAUCAAAAUUUUCUGUUUUCCAGACAUCUUAUUAUAGUGCUACACAAGUGCCUCUUUCUUCUUGACUGCUGUCAUCCCUUGCAGCACCAUAAUAAUUCUAUAGUUUCCACAUGUUUCAGAAAAACAUAAUGUAAUUAAAACACCCCAGAAUGAGUUCUCUUAUCGCAGACUCUUCUUAUGUCCCUGGCAGGGACAUUGAAAAUGAAUGUUAAACUGAAUAACAAAUUUCUCUGGAAAACAUCUGAUGUUUGUUGAUGUUCUUCACUUUACAAUAAACACACAGUAAAUAUGGUAA